AUGGUACUUACCCCGUACGUGAGGAGGAUCGCGCAGUACCCGAGGAAUGUCGCGCACUCCUUCAGCACGACCAAAGCUGCCCAUUAUCUGAGCAAAAUCGGAGGCUGGAUUGCUCCACCUCCAAACAAGUCAGAAGAUGGGCGUGACCAGUGGCCAUCCCGAGCAGCCUUCCUACUCGCUGCUAUGGGAGGCUGCGCCGGCCAAGGAAAUUUAUUGCGAUAUCCCUCCGUGGUCUACAAUAACUACGGACUUCAAUGGUUUAUUCCAUACCUGAUAGCGGUAUUUGCCGUCGCGAUUCCAGCUCUCAUCCUUGAAAUCUCAAUCGGGCAAGCCUAUCGGGGUGGAACGGCAAUCGCAUUCAACAAUAUAAACAAACGAUUGAAAGGCGUGGGUCUUGGUCCAAUCCUGGUCAGCUUUGUGGUUGUACAAUAUUUCACCGUCAAUCUGGCAUGGAUCAUGAACUAUUUCCGCAAUUCCUUCACCAGCCCGCUGCCAUGGGAGGGCAGAAUCGAGGAAUUCUACAUGGGCGAUGUCGUGGCCAAUAUCGAUCCCAUUGUCGGCAAUCUUACAGCCGGCAAUGAUGCUGUCGCCAACUAUACUGUUUACCCUGGGGUUGCGCUCAUCGGCGAGACCGUUGGCUGGAGCGCCUUUAUUUGGUUUUUGAUCUGGGUAUCUAUCUUCCGUGGGGUUGGGUUGACGGGUCGUGUUGUUUAUUGGACAAUGGGUCUGCCAAUUGUCACAACUAUCAUUAUCGUUGGUCGCGCCUGUUCACUCGAAAACGCGCGCGAGGGUAUCAAACUUUUAUGGGCCACAUGGAGAAGCGACCAGCUAGCUUCCGGUACUGUCUGGCAGACGGCCGUUGGACAGGUUUUCUUCUCCACUGGUAUUGGGUUUGGUUAUUUCACUUCUUAUGCGUCCUAUAAUUCGAAGCAUUCAAAUGCUGUGAUGGAUGCAAUUCUCAUCUGCGGGAGUAAUAUCCUCUUCGAGAACUUUGCUGCCUUUGCUGUGUUCGGUGUUGUGGGUUAUCUCGGACGCUGGCCACAGGAUGGCGAAAGAUUAGGUGCCUUCGUGGUUGGUUUUUUGACACUGCCAGAGGCUGUGCUUCACAUGCCUGGUGCGAAUUGGUGGGCAAUCCUGUUGUUUUUCACCCUGGUUGUCCUUGGUUUCAGCUCCGCCUUCGUCAUGCUUGAUGCUGCGGCAACUCUGGCAGUCGACGCAGGCAUGAAACUUUCAAGACCGACAAUUGUGACUGGCUUGACUAUCAUCUCUUUCCUCAUGUGCUUGCCAUACUGCACCCAGUUCGGAUUCUACCUACUUGACGGAAUAGACAGAUGGAUCAACAACGUCUGUUUGAUCUUUGUUGUUUGGUCAGAACUCGUUGGAGCUACCACAGUCUAUCGUUGGCAUGAUGUGGUGAACCAAACAGGACUUCCUGCUUUUGUUCUGUACAACUUUGGAUAUUUUGGUGGCCAAAUCAUUGGAGUUGCUGUUGCACAUGGUGUAUCAGAUCCAGCAGCCGGUGCCGGUGCCGGUUUCGGGCUGUAUAUUGUAUGCUCUAUUCUUUCGGUCCUCAUUGCUACCUCCCCUGCCAUCAAGGCUGCCAGUUUCUGGGGCCGUAACCCAAUUCUCAGUCGAUUUUGGUAUCUGGCAUUCUAUUCUGGUAAUCAACUAAGGCGCGAUCUCAACCUCGUGGUUGGUGGCAAUGGAAACUGGAAGAUCCCGACAUUCUGGCCCGUUCUGCUUCGUUAUGUUAGCGCACCUAUCUUGGCGAUUGUGUUCAGCUUUGCUUAUCCAGAGUUCUAUACCUUGCGAUAUGACCCGAUGAUGAUAUCUGGCUUUAUUUUGGCGCACUUUUGUUUGCUCUUGAUUUUGCUUGGUGUUGUCUUUCCGCGUUAUUACGAUAUCUUUAUCCCGUCUCAUCGGAGAGCCGAAGGCACCGAAGCAACAAUAGCCAACGAGCCCAAAGAGCAAGACUUUGCCCCAGAGACAGGUGUUUUGGAUCAUGAGUCUGGCAUGCCCGCGCCGAGUUCGAAGGACAGCUCGGAGAGGAUGCCUGCCGACCUUUCUGUGGCUCCCAAGAUAUAG